AUGACGUUCCUCGCGUCGUUCCCCACCUCUCCAGGCCAUGACGACCUCGUCCUAGACACGCACCUUUACACAAUGAUUGACCUCGAAGGCAGUCGCUACCGUGCCUUCUUUGCUAAACUUACAACAUCCGACGGUCCUCUUCCCCUCCUCGCUCGAAAGGCAGCUGUCCAGUUCUUUUGCAAGUCAAGUCUCUCUCUCGACCACGUACAGGAGCUCUAUCGCCGCAUCAAGGAGCUGCAGCUCUUGCGCGAUAGUGACCACGUGAACGAGACGGAGUUUGUCCUGGGGAUGCACUUUAUUGUGUGCAUGACCAAGCGCAAGCUCGAGUCGAUCCCCCGUCCAUUUCCCAAGUACUUGUUCCCCACUCUGGACUUGACACCCGAACGUCCUAUGGAGGAGCACAUGUCUGUGACUCAACCCCGAGCGAGUGGUGCGCUCGUGUCAUUUGUAGCCACGUCAUCAUUGGCGGACGCAAAGUCGUUUCUUGACCUCCUGACCGCAGCGGGUCGGACGAAACAGGAGGAAGUCGAGGUAUUGUCCAGUAUCUCUCAGGCGCUUGCCAAAGCUGAGCUGGAUUUGAAAACGAGCGUCGAACGGGUGUCGGACCAAGUGGAUCAGUUGGGAUACCCGGUGCCCCGGGUUCUAAGGGCAGUGGAUGCUCUCGAGGAGCUGAAAAACUUAAUGCAGCAACACGUGCUUGCAGCCAAACAGGAGAUCCAGAGUGUACAGGAACAGGACAAAGAGACGCGUACAGUGACGUUUGAGGUGGAGCAAGACUCGACUUUGCGUAGAAAGGAUCCGCUUGACGUUGCUACUGAUUUGACGCAAGAGCUCGUAGCACUUCAAGUGCAGACUGCACAACUGGUGGCAAAGAAAGCGGAUUUGGAUGGACGCCUUGCAGCUGUGAAGGCAGGAGACUUGACUGCUGGAAGUUUUGAACAGCGGACGAAUGGUGUUGCUUUGAAUGAGUCCAAGAACACGACUUUUGCAUUGUCGAAAGGCGCUUUGACAGUGGGGGAGCUCGGCACGGCAUUAGCAUCUACAGCUCCUUCGAAAAGCUCGGAGCUUGUAUUGACACACAGUCGUAACGCCGUGUCUUGUAAGGAUGUGGGUACUCAUGGGACUGCGGCAUCACGCGUGGCUUGUCCUGCUCAGGCUUUUGGACUGAAGAUUGAGCAACCACCGACAUCGAACGAUCCGUUCGACUUUGUGUCGCCGCCUGCUGUGUCGAGUGCAGCAGAUGCACUAGAACUCAAGAAGUCAGCCUGGGACCCUUUCCAGUAA